UGCCGGGGAGGGGGGAAGAGGGAAAUAGGGACUACUUGAUGGGUGUGGAGUUUUCUUUUGGGGUGAUGAAAAUGUGAGAACCCGGACAGCGGUGGUGGUUACACACAACAUGAAUGGACUAAAUGUCACUGACCUGUACAGUUUAAACUGGUCGAUACUGGUAUGGGAACCUCACCUCGAUUAAACAUGCAUACGUAGUCCCCUCUGGCCAACACACCCUCGGCCCUACGGCCCCCAGAACGUGGGCCCGGCUCUAGGGGGCUCUGCCAUCAGCACUGUGUGGCCUGCAUGAGACAGGCAACCUCUCUGGGCUUAAUAGAGGAUAAGCAAGCCCAUCCUAUGUCCCCACAGGAGAUAUCACAGGGUACCUCAGGGAUCAAAUGAUUAACGGAGGCCACAGUGCUCUGAGAAGCCGGAAGCUCUGCUGACACAAGACGACACCAGUCUCCGGGCUCUGAGCCUUAGUCUCUGGCUUGGAGGCAGAGAGAAGCUUGGUGUCUGGCUGUCUCUGGACCACCCUUGGCCACACUUCAUAAGAAGUAUGAAGCAGUAGGCGAAAGAGCCUGCUCUCCCCCUCCGCAACCGGGAAACUCCCUGAAGGUCCACGCAGCUCCCUUUCCACUACCCCCCCCCAUUCAUCUUCCCUCUCUCUCCGGAGUCUCCCCUCAGAGCCAAAAUGCAGGGUGGGCGCGAGCUGGUGGGGAAGGACAGCAUGACUGAAAGUCUGGCUGAUCUCCCGGUGUAUUUUAGCCCGCCCACCGCCGGCCCGUUCUGCUUUAGUAGGAAGCAACAGACAGGGGAGAGUGGGAUUCCAAGCCCACUAAGAGUGGAAAACACAUACACAGGUAAAGCAUUUUCCACAGGCCCGGCCCUGCGCUCAGCACUUCACCUCGUGGGCUCGCUUAGUUCUUACAACACCCCUAUUACUAGAUAGUGCUGUCCCAUUUUGGAGAGGAGAGAACCGAGGUGUGAAGAGGUAAAUUCACACAGCUCGUGAGUCAGGAGUCGGGAUCGUCAUGCUUGCAGCCUGACUCCUCCCUGCCACUGGCACACUGGGUCAUCUGCUGUGACUUCCCCUCUAUCUGGAUUGGGGGAAGGCAGGAAAAACCCUGACCCUCUCACACAGAGCCUCAGCCAGUGAUACUGCUUCCCGGAUGAGAAGGACAGCCCUGGAGCCCACAGCGAAGCCAGCCCCAAGGCCACCAUCCCUCCAGUCUCCUCGCAGCUCCGCAACAGCCCAGACCCACCGGUCCUCCAGGACCAGAAGUGCUCCAGACACAAACGCAGGUGCUCGCCGGUCCUAAUGUCGGUCAAUGACGGCGUGGGGCCCGUCCCCACGGAAGGCUUCACCACAGCACCCGCCAGCGACUUGGGAGAGAUCCACAACUGGAACGAGCUGCUCUACUUCUUCAACCACACCUUGCCCGAGUGCCACCUGGAGCUCAGAGAGGACACCAAGCAGGUGAUCCUCUUUGUCCUCUACCUGGCCAUCUUCGUGGCGGGGCUGGUGGAGAACCUCCUGGUGAUAUGCGUCACCUGGCGCCGCGGGGCCCGGGCAGGGCUGCCGGACGUCUACGUCCUCAACAUGGCCGUGGCGGACCUGGGCAUCGUGCUGUCGCUGCCCGUGUGGAUGCUGGAGGUCACGCUGGACUACACCUGGCUCUGGGGCAGCUUCUCCUGCCGCCUCACUCACUACUUCUACUUCACCAGCAUGUACAGCAGCAUCUUCUUCCUCGUGUGCCUCAGCAUCGACCGCUACGUCACCCUCAGCGACACGUCGCCCUCCUGGCGGCGCCACCAGCACCGACUGCGGCGGGCCGUGUGUGCGGGCGUCUGGGUGCUCUCGGCCAUCAUCCCGCUGCCCGAGGUGGUGCACAUCCAGCUGGUGGAGAGCUCCGAGCCCAUGUGCCUCUUCAUGGCGCCCUUUGAGACCUACAGCGCGUGGGCCCUGGCAGUGGCCCUGUCCACCACCGUGCUGGGCUUCUUGCUGCCCUUUCCGCUCCUGGUGGUCUUCAACGUGCUGACGGCCUGCCGCCUCCGGCGGGAGGGGUGGCCCGAGGGCCGGCGCCACUGCCUUCUGGUGUGCGCCUAUGUCGUCAUCUUCGCCGUCUGCUGGCUGCCCUACCACGUGACCCUGCUCCUGCUCACGCUGCACGGGACCCACGUGUCCCUCCACUGCUACCUGGUCCACCUGCUCUACUUCUUCUAUGACGUCAUCGACUGCUUCGCCAUGCUGCACUGCGUCGUCAACCCCAUCCUUUACAACUUCCUCAGCCCGAGAUUCCGCCGCCAGCUGCUGAGCGCUGUGGUCCAUUACCUUCCCAAGGCGCGGGCCGGGGCGGACGGACGCGCUUCCUCCUUCUCCUCCUCCUCCACGCAGCACUCCAUCGUCAUCACCAAGGAGGGCGCCCUGCCCGCCGCAGCGGGGCCCCAGGACCACCCGAGCCUGAACUUUUAGGCGCCAACUACCUCACCCAUCUCCGCCCCUCCGUGUCCCCCAGGAGGCUGAGGUGGAUCACACGCUCCAUCAGGAAGGUCGAAGCUGCGGGUGUAGGUGAGAGAUUUGGGGGCAGCGGGGGAAAGGGUCAAAAUGCUCAUGGUCAAUUUUGAGUAGGUCUUAAAAAGCUGAGAAGGGAGCAGGAGAGGGGGCGGGGAGGAGUAGAGAACAGGUCUUCAGUGUCGGACUGUUUGUCUCGGUCCUCAGGACUAAAGAAGACACGCGGGGAAAAUGGUGAAAUAAAUAACGGAGACAGCCAUGACUCUGGCUCUUUCCAAAAUCUGUAAUGCCAGCUGGGGUAGGCUGAAGAGAUGCGCGGCAAAAACCUGACACACUCAUGUCAACAAUCACCCUGGCCGGAGAGGGUGUGCUCCACAGGGACCUCACACAGCUUUCCUUUUGUGCUCGUGAGCUCGCGGAUCCCGCCACACACACACACACUGUGCAGGCUGUGAGAACAAGAGGUCAGAGGCCAAGGCACCAGGGGGCCUCAGCAGGACGUUUCCUAGCAUCCUCAGUGAUUUGAUAGAUGGAGGGGGUGAAGCAGAGGUCGGGUCCCCACCCCCAGCCCCACCCCACCCCCACCAUCCAGGAAGUGGCUCCAUUUCCUUGCUGAUACUCUCCCCUUCAACCGUCCUGCUUCCCUCCCCACGAAGCAGAGGGGCCAUCCCAGUCCAAUCUCCUCAGAGCCCACCUGCUCCCGCCUUCAGAUGUGGGACAUUCCCAGACUUCUAGGAAGAGAUGCUAUCAGAAAUCCACCCCCACCCCUCCCUUUCUCUCUAGAUCAUGGGAAAA